UCGACCACGACGACGCCACGACGCUGUCAUGGCGGGUCCGCCAGGUCCGCGACCCUUCCUCGCCUGCGCCGGUCGGAUUCUGCUCGAAUUAUUCGACGACGACAGCGACGAUGACCUCAUCCUCGAAUUCCUCGACGACGAACCCGACGAAAGGCCCAAGCGCAAAGACUUCUUCGAGGACAUCAUCCCUUGCAUGUCCCCGAGUGACUUCAAGUUCCACUUCCGUCUGUCGAGGGAGACCGUAGCCAAGAUCCUCAACAUGGUCCACCCUCGGAUCGCCAGCCAGAAGGUUGCCCCAGGUCGACCAAUGGUGGAUCCUCUCAAGCAGACGAUGGUGGCUCUGUGGUGCCUCGGCAACAGAGAGUCUUUCAGGGCCAUAGCCGACCGGUUCGAGCUGUCCAAAUCCACCGUCUUCGAGUGCGUCGGCCGGGUCGGCGCGGCCGUGGUGGACGCGUCUCCAGACUUCAUCAAGUGGCCCGACCCAGAAGCGGCCAAGUCGAUCAUCGCCGGCUUCGAGGCGCGCUCCGGCUUCCCAGGCGUCAUUGGGGCCAUCGGCCGAAGCCACAUCCCAAUCCGUUGUCCCGUGGACGACUCGGAGCGCUUCCGCAACAGGCUCGACUUCCACUCCGUCGUGCUGCAGGCCGUCUGCGACCACAGGAUGGUCUUCCUGGACUGCAGCGCUGGACACCCCGGCUCCACCAGCGACAUGCUCGUCUUCCGGCGCUCGCUGUUCAUCCAGAGCCUCGAAGCCUCCAAGUUCCCGUUUGACAGCCACAUGGUCGGAGACGCUACGUUUCCGAUCGGUCCGCACCUCAUGGUACCGUUCGAGGACGACGGAGAGCUGGGUGAAGAAGAGGCGAGCUUCAACGAGAAGAUCUUCGACGGGUGCGAGACAAUCGAGCGCGCGUUGGCGCUGCUCAAGGGACGCUUCCGGAGGCUCCAGGGGUUAGAGACCGGGAGGAGGGACUUGGUGGUCACCAUCAUCAUCAUGGCUUGCGUGCUUCACAACGCAUGCAUCAUGUGGGACGACCUGCUCGAGGAGUUUAAGGUGUACAGACGGAGCCUGGACAAUGACGAUGGCGACGAUUUGGUGGAGGUCGAGGAGAUAAGGCAGGGGGUGGUGAAGCGGCGUAAACUGGCGAGUGCGCUCGCAAGGAAGCGGUGAGGCCGGCGGCAGACUUUGGAGCAUCGACUGACGAAGCGUGACCCGUGACACGCUGACGGAGCUUGGUGAUUUUGUUUGGAUGUUUGUGUGCUCGAGCUUUCGAAGCAUUCUUCCUACUCUCUGUGAACUUGACGGGCACUUCGAAAAAGUUGCUGUCUUUCCUCGUCUAUUUUAUGUUCGUGAAAAAAAAUUACAGCAGCCCUCUUGGCCUGUUUUGUUUUAAGAAUGUUGCCAAGUCUGUUGAGGAACAGUACGAAAUAAGUUCUAACACUGCAUAAACAUUGCAGCUUGCUUGCAACGUGCCUCAAGUUUUGAAAGUAUUUGUUUAUCGUAUUGUGAGUUUGCUAUUAAAUUGUUGGUAUCUGCA